AUGCCCAACAACAACUCCCACGGACUCGCUGUUUUCUUCCUCUUCACUUUGUUCUACACGGCUGUGGCAAAUGAGAAUAAAAGUGGCAAAAAAUUCCCCUUAGUUGUGAGUACGUGGCCUUUUGUAGAAGCUGUUAGAGCAGCAUGGAGAGCUGUUGAUGGUGGGCUUUCUGCCAUUGAUGCAGUUGUUGAAGGUUGCUCGGCUUGUGAGGAUUUGAGAUGUGACGGGACAGUUGGUCCUGGUGGAAGCCCAGACGAGAAUGGUGAAACUACGAUUGAUGCUAUGAUCAUGAAUGGGGUAUCAAUGGAAGUUGGAUCUGUUGCUGCUAUGAGAUAUGUUGCCAAUGGCAUUAAAGCCGCAAAAUUAGUAAUGGAGCACACUGAACAUACGAUGCUCGUGGGGGAGAAAGCAUCUGUGUUUGCUGUCUCGAUGGGCCUUCCGGGCCCCACAAAUCUAAGCUCUCAAGAAUCUAUUGAAAAAUGGAUGAACUGGAGAAAGAGCAAGUGCCAGCCGAACUUUAGGAAAAAUGUUGUGCCAGUUGACGAUUGUGGUCCCUACAAUCCAAAGGGUGGUUUGAUGGGUUUUGGUGAGGGAACUUGCUCGAGUACAAAAAGAGAUGGUCUCGAUAGAUGUGGGCUGUAUGUUGUUGAUCGCCAUAACCAUGAUACAAUAUCAAUGGCUGUUAUUGAUAAGAUGGGAUGCAUAGCCGUUGGUACCUCAACUAACGGGGCCACUUUCAAAAUUCCCGGCAGGGUUGGAGAUGGACCUAUUGCUGGAUCUUCGGCAUAUGCUGAUGCAGACGUUGGGGCUUGUGGGGCCACUGGGGAUGGUGACAUCAUGAUGCGCUUUCUUCCUUGCUAUCAAGUUGUGGAGAGCAUGAGAUUGGGCAUGGAACCGAAGCUCGCAGCCCAGGAUGCCAUUGCUAGAAUUGCAAGAAAAUACCCAAAUUUUGUGGGAGCUGUUUUUGCGGUCGAUACAAACGGGUCCCACGCAGGCGCAUGCCACGGUUGGACUUUUCAAUACUCUGUUAGAGGACCUCACACAGAUGAUGUCAUGGUCUAUACUGUCAAUCCAUAA